AUGAAUUUCCCCCGACUGCACCGUAAAAACCCCCACGGCUUGUGCGGCGGCGGCGGCGGCGGCGGCGGCGGCAGCAGUGGCAAAGCCGGCCUCUUCGGGGCGGUUUUACGAGGGGCGGGGCUGGGGGUGGGGAUGGGAGGCGGGCGGGCGCCGGCCCUGAAACAUUCAGCAGCGAGCAGACCGGCCCGCAACUCUGGCUCCGCGCGGCCGGCCCUGCUGCCACCAUGCCGGCCCGGUGGAGCGGCAGCCAGAGAGCGGAGCCGUAAAGCCUCGGGGCCAGACACGGCCUACGGCCCCGUUCCUCGUGCCGGGGCCCGCCAAAAACAGACAGAAAAACAUGCAGCUUUCGAACAUCAGCCCAUUGACAGAAACAGUGAGCAGCGGGAAGGUACCAGUGCAGGCAGCGAAGUCGCCCGGUCCCUUACUACCAAACAUUCCGAGGCUAUGGAACAUGAACAGACAUCCGCGCCCGCUUCGUGGGCCGAGGACGUCGAGACACAAGAUCCCGACCCGCGGCCAGCUGAGGCGCCGCCGGAUCAUGCAGCAUAA